UGCAUGGGGAGCUCCAGGUGGCAGCGAGACCACUGUACAUGUGAAAUAGAGAAGGGGGAGAAAUACUCGUCACAGAGACAACUGAAAAGCCUCGUUUUCUCCUCUCUGCCUCACAAAUCUCCCCUUUCACUCUUUUCUCUGUGUCCUGAAGGAAUUCUUCCAGAUCCUGGUCACCCCUUCACCUCUCCCUCCUCUCCCGGCCUAACGAGGCCGGGGAAUGUCCCGACGGCGAGAUGCCUUAUGUGGACCGACAGAACCGCAUCUGUGGCUUCCUGGACAUUGAGGAGAAUGAGAACAGUGGCAAGUUCCUGCGACGGUACUUCAUUCUGGACACACAGCAGGGGAGCUUGGUUUGGUUCAUGGAUAACCCUCAGAACCUUCCAGAAGGUGCAGACUGUGUUGGCUCACUCAAGCUCACCUACAUCUCUAAGGUCAGCGAUGCCACAAAGCUGAGGCCCAAAGCAGAGUUUUGCUUCGUCAUCAAUGCUGGGAUGAGGAAGUUCUUCCUUCAGGCCAAUGAUCAGCAGGACCUUGUAGACUGGGUCAACGCUCUCAAUAAAGCCACCAAGAUCACUGUGCCAAAGUCAUGUGAAAGCCAGCAGAAUUCAGAAAACCAGAAGGUUUUGCCAGACGUGGUUGGCUCCAGGAAACAGGUGUCCUAUAGGACGGAUAUAAUUGGAGGAGUCCCAAUCAUAACCCAAACCCAGCAAGAAGGUGGUGAGGGUGCAAACAGAUCAGAGCGUGAGGCCUUGCAUCGAUCCCACAGUCAGCUGCCGUACUUUCUGGGCAGGCCGGCGCAAGAACACAGCGUCAUCAAGUCAGGCUACUGUGUGAAACAAGGAGCCGUGAUGAGGAACUGGAAGCGUCGCUACUUCCUCCUUGAGGAAAAUGCAAUGAGCUACUUCAAGUCUGAUUUGGAAAAAGAGCCUCUGAGAAUGAUCCCACUGAAGGAGGUUCACAAAGUCCAGGAGUGCAAACAGAGUGACAUCAUGAUGAGAGAUAAUCUGUUCGAGGUCGUCACCACAUCCAGGACGUUUUAUAUCCAGGCGGACAGUCCGGAGGAGAUGCACAGUUGGAUAAAGGCUGUCUCAGGGGCCAUUGUAGCCCAGCGGGGUCCUGGGAGGUCAGCUGCUACAAUGCGGCAGGCCAGACGGCUGUCGAACCCCUGUAUACAGAGGUAUACAUCUCGAAUCGGGGAGUGCAGCAGCACCCUGCUGCAGCUGUGUACCUGUCUUAGAUGUGUGACAUCCUGCUUGUCUCUCCUGUUCCCUCCUGUUCGCUGCCUGAACUCAGCAACCGUCCCACAUUCUACCGCAGCCCAGCGGGUCCCCCCGUCCCUCGCUCGCCCAUAUCUACCGUGCAACCAUGCUACCCAGGGCGGGGGGAUGUUGUCUCGUGCAGCACAUGCUCGCAGCCUGGCGUGGGACAGCGAGCACUUCAUGAGCCUGCUGCCGCGCCCCAUUCACAGCCACACGCCGGCCCGCCUGUCCCUGCAGGAGACGCGCCUCGCCAAGUGACGUCCCCGCCUCCUACAGUCGACAUGGCAGACUCCGAGGAGUCGCCGUGGAGACGUCGCAGCAGCUUCGAGCCCCUAGUUCCUGAAACUAAUCCGGACCUUGAUGAUGCUGAUCUGCCAGUGAGUCAGGUCUGACCCACUCUAAGCUGGACUAGAAGGCUUCCAUCUGUUGAACAGGAAAACCUGAGAAUCCAGGCUUUGGUUAACUAAAAAAAAAACUGUAAUACAAACCCUUCAUCCACAUAUGACCAUGGAGCCGGCGAAGCUGCACUCCUCUGCCAAAAGCAACCCAGCGUUCACCUAAACCCCUGAACUCCAGAGGCUGUCAAAUCUAAACUACAUGUUUGACCUGCUCUGAACGAACUUCAGCAUCAAGGCUUUAUUUUAACACGUUUAGGCACAGAGAUUUUUAUAAAUAAAAUUGUGCCAACGAAAUAAGGGAGCUUUUAAAAUGCAAGCUUUUUCAUUAGUGUUUGAAAAAAGAGUGAACUUUUUUGUUUGUUCGGUUUUUUUUAAGUUUGCUCCGGUUCAUGUACACACUAAUUUUACCAACACUGGAUAAAACGGUAAGAAGUAAAUGUUUGCAGCAAAAAGUACAUAUGCUUGAAAAUCUGCCUCUGACCUCUUUGUUUUCAGGUAUCUGUGUGGGAUGGGCUUUAGCAUAAAGUUAUAACCACUCACAUAAAGCUGCCCUCGCUUGUUUAUUCCACCUCCUGUUGGUAUUAAUGAAGAACAAAACCAUAGGCUGAAUCGGCUUCAUUUUUAGACUGGAUUUGCGUGCUUUGCGGCAUUUAGACGUAAAGGAUAAAGUGAUUAACUUGUAUGUUUGCCGACCAAACGGCAGAAAGUCACUCAUCAAAUCAUCAUCAUCACAGCGAAACACUGAGGGUAUUCACUUGCUUCAUUUGCAUGCUAAUGUUUUAAAGAUUCUUCAGGUGAUCUUGUUUCUUUUCCUUUUUGGUUAUCUAAAGAUUUUUCUGUUGCUGUGAGUUUGCAGGUUUAUGUUUUUAUAUGCUUUUAGAUCAGAUUUUCUUUUUUUUUUUUACUGUGUCUGUACCUCCAGUGUAAUUCUAAGCAGCUACCUGACGGUGUUAUUAAAAAGAAACAACUCACUGUUAUCCUACUAGAUGAUGCACACUAAUCCUUCUUUUUCUUUUAAGUGCCUGUCUUACUUCAGUCUAGUAGUCCCGAGCUAUUUCACUCCUAUUUCAGUCUGGUGUUUGAAUUGUUUCUAUUUAUUAAGUGGAUGACUUGAAAGAAAUAAACACUGCAAAUGUG